ACGAUAAUUUAACCCUAAUAAUACAUUUUACAAGUUUCUAAGUAAAUUCUACAUACGAGUCUGGAGGUUUGCAGGUUAACAACUCGAUCAGGGGACUUGGAAAAGUCAAAAAUUAAGAUUGGGCGGAAACUAAAGGAAGUAGUUUGAUUACGUGAAGUGCUUUAGUCUAUGAUAUUACCACGUCUCGAUUUUCACUUCAUAGGUUCGUAUGGACGGAAUUCGGCUGGAAUCUUGAACUAAAUAACUGGCUGCUACAAAUGAAAUUAAAGGAAUUCCAGUUUCUCAUUGCCCAGGCACCAGUUUUUUUCUGUACAGUUCUUAUCUGAAUAAUGAGGAAAGCGGUGCUUCGUACAUCAUUAGCUUGAAUAUUUUGUGUCUCAAGUGCAAGCUAUUUCUAAGAAAUGGAAUCACCAACCUACAUUCUUAUCGUUCUUCUGCUUCGUGGUCUAGCCACCGUUGCAUCUCUGCGUUUAGAUGGUGACAUGUUUGAUGUUCCGUCACCGAUAAGGGCCGGACAGUCUGUGGAACUAACGUGCUCCUACAAAUUAGACGGCGAUUCAUUAUAUUCUGUCAAAUGGUACAAGGAUAAUAUUGAAUUCUACCGAUAUGUUCCCAAAGACUGGCCUCCUGGCCAAUUUCUUCCUUUAAGAGGUGUUCGAGUUGAGUUGUCCAAGUCUGGAGAAGAUAAAGUAUAUUUGAACGACAUAGACCUCGAUUCCGAAGGCCGGUAUAGGUGUGAGGUAUCAGCAGAAGCGCCCUCUUUCCAAACGGUUGAGGCUAGCAAGGAUAUGAAGGUACUUGUCUUGCCAACAGAAGGGCCGAAGAUUUCCGGAGGAAGAGCCAAAUAUAACAUUGGUGACACAGUCAUGGUGAACUGUACGUCUGCAAAAUCGAAACCUGCGGCAACCUUACGCUGGUAUAUUAAUGGAGAAUUAGCAAAGCACGAAACUCGAUAUUCUACAAAGUUCCACAAUGACGGUCUCGAGAGCUCAAUUCUCAGUUUGAAAUUUAUCGUCACAGAAGACCACUUACGAAACGGGAACAUGAGGCUCAAAUGUGAAUCAAGUGUAUUACGUUCAUAUGUCAUGAGUAAUGAGGCACACGCUAUGGGCGAACAUCACCAGGCUUCUGGACUUCACAUCAUUGAAAACUUGAAUCAAGGAGUACAAGACUCAACGUCUACAGGAUCAACCAAGACUGGUAGAAUGGGCAUGGUGUUAUUAGUUGUGAUGAUCCUGCGUUUCCAAUAUUGGAGAUCAACGUGAGCUGGACGUCCUGCUUUUUUUUACCAACUUUCCCACGUGCUGUGAUACCAAUUGUUUCUUGGUGCGCAGAGAACUAUAAAUUACCCUAAA